GCGUGUCUCCAAGCCAAUUUUCCGAAGUAUAGUCAUAAUAUUGAUUUCAAAAUUUCUAUAUUCAAUGAUUUAAUCAUAAUAUAAUUUUUUAUAGAGGCCGAUGAAUUGAUCUAUUGUUUAUUGUUGUUGUUGUAAUGAAAAAAACAGUUUCGACAGUUGUGUGGAUUAAAUAAAUGAUUCACUUCGUUUUAUAAAAAAAAAGAGCACUUUCAAUUAUCAUACAUUCGAUGUCGUAUCAUACGUAUGAUACGUAUGAUUGUAUGAUAUCAUUGAUAUCCCAAAAAUUGCCGAAUUACCCAUCACUGUUCUCAGGCCGUUGCUUUACCCAACCUUGUUCCCAAUGACGUGUUCACAGGCUUUUGACCACGUAGCGAAGUGUUUUGUCUGCCUUUUCCAAAGUAUCAAAUACGUAGCUCCAAAGUAAAUUUACAUCCACGUAUUUGUGUAUUAUUUGUAAGUCAGUUACUCGUUAAACACCUUCUACAUAACAUUAAGAUUAAUUAUUUAGAAUUGUUCAAUCAUCAAUAAUUAAAAUGCCCGCAGCUCCAAGUGCAACAAAUGUUGGAUCCGGUGGUCGUUCACCAAGCAGAGCUGUUGCACCGAGAACAAGUGCAGCUGGUGGUACCGUUAGACAACGUAAAACAACCGUUGCAACAUCUGCUAGAAAUCGUAAUACUGGUAUCAGUUCUGGUGGCAUGUGGAGAUUUUACACUGAUGACUCACCAGGUAUCAAAGUUGGACCAGUACCUGUUCUUGUGAUGUCACUUUUGUUCAUCGCAUCUGUAUUUAUGCUACACAUCUGGGGUAAAUACACCAGGUCUUAAAUGAUUUUAUAAGAUCUCAAUCAUUUACAAUAUCUACAUUAAGUGUAAGAAAUCAUAAGGAUCUCUUCCAAAAAAAAAAAAAAAAAAAAGAAGACGUUAUCCAAGGAUCAUAUUUUUUUUGUGGUUCAAUUUUUGUGCAUUUAACUUACAUUUAUUAUAUAAUUUAUGCAUUACAAGAAAUCUAUUUAACGGUUUUUUUUUUUUGAAAUGAUAUAAUUUUUGAUAAACAAUAAAUUACGUUCAUGAAAUAAGAAUCAUAAAAUGAUUAAAAAAAUAUUAAUAGCAUUGUGAAAAUAAAAUUUACGAAAACUACAUAAAAUAUAGUUUUGUUUGUAAUCUUUCUUGA